AUGUCAAAACCAAGAGAUGUUUUAUUUAAGGAAGCUAAUCUGGAAUUGAUUAUUCCCAAUGCUAUUAUUGAAUCCUUAGAGGAAAAGUUUGAAAAUAUUUACAAUUCAAAACCAAGAAUUCAAACAUAUUAUGAUGAAUUAUUAGAUUUUCUAAUAAUAGUAACUUUGCCAAUUGACGCUGGUUUUAAAACUAAAUCAGAAGCAUUAGAAUAUUUUCAAGAGAUGGACGUUUUACUUGAAGCUUCAAUUAUAGACUCGAGUACUUUAUCAGCUCCUAUUCCAAAUCCACCAGCAGUGUAUCGAUUGCCGCCUAACAAAUCAAAUACUAAUUCAAAUGCAACAUCUCCCUCAACUCCUGGUACUCCCUUACCUCCACCAAUGGACAAAAAAGUUAAUAAGCCUUAUGAAGGCGCAAUAAUAUACUCUGGGCAAUAUAAUUUAAAAUCCAAGGAUUAUAAAUUUUUGGUAAUUAAAAGAAAUGAUUGCUGGACCUGUAUUUUACCAUUGACGAUUCCUGUAGCCUAUGUGAAGACACGGGCUCAAUCACCAGCAGUAGCUCUUAAUUUAGCUUUAAUACUAAAACCGGAUUCGUUUACAAAAGAAACAGGAAAAGGUUUAGAUGGAAAUUUAAGCCCUAUAGAAAAUUUUGAAAUGAUUAAUCUAUUUUCGGGCUUAAUAGAUGACCCGUCAUUUGAAGCUUCACAUAAAGAUUUAUCGAUUCCUAUUUCUAAACUAUAUUAUAAUGAACCAAAAUUAAACGGUACAAAUCAAUCAUCUUCAGCAUCUCAACACUCGAGGCGUAAUAUAAGAAAGGUUUUGGCUGUUAAAUCUGCAUUAAAUGUACGAAUGAGAACUACAAGCGUUUCACCGUUAGAUAACACAUUAAUGAUGUCUGUUGAGCUAGAUAAUAAUACUGAUGCAAGAAGUGGAUUCUUGGUUGAAAGUGUCCAAGUAAACAUUACCCAAGGAUAUGUUAGCAGAUUUAAAACAGGAUUGAAUGAUGAUAAAUUUUCGCCACAAUAUUGCCCUGCACCUAAUCCUCGAACUUCUUCGCAUUCUCGAAAUAAUUCGGUAGCUUCUGUUUAUUCGAAUUCAUCUUCCAAUUAUCAACCUGUUGAAGAACCACAACCGUGUCAUGUCUCAAUUUUUGUUAAAGGGUCGCCGAUUAUUGAUAGUGUAAAAAGUAAAAGUAUAGAGUCUAGAUGGAAUUGUACAUUAGAUUUAUCAAAUAUGAAAAGACAGGAUCAUAACUCUGUACCACCAACUCAAACGCCAAAUUAUCAGUACCAAAGAAAGAUGUCAAUGAAUUCAAAAGUUGGACAAAUAAUGUCUCCAAAUUCAACAAAAAGUGCAACAAUAUUUUCACCGCCUGGAUCAGUGACACCAACAACUCUAAAAACAUUUUAUUCGGGAAUGGAACCUACAAAUGCUCAUAAUAAAAAUAAUAAGAGUACUUCAGACACGGAUUCAAUGAAUAUUAAUUAUGGUGCAAGAACCUCCUCAAUAGCAAAAUCAAUGGAAAUGGAUGUAGGAAAUGUGACCUCUAAAGCUGUUGUAGGAAAGACAUUCACAAUACACGUAUUUAUAGUUAACAGGUCAAAUCAUGUUAGAAGAUUUAAUAUUAUGAUUCCAAACAAAAAAAGAUCUAACGAAGUCGUGACAAGAUCAUUUUCUCCAAAAAUAGCCAAAAUUGCAAAUUCAUCUGAAACUUUAAUGAAUGGUAAUAAUGUGAAUGGCGAUAAUGUAAAUGGUCAAAUUGAAGCAUACAUGGAAGAAUCAGAAACACCUGAUGCUGAUAUUGUUUGUUUAGAAAAUAAUGUUAAAAUUGGACCACUUAAUCCUUCAACGUGUGAAUCUGUUACAUUACAUUUUAUUGCAAUUAAAGAGAAAUUACACACUGUCGAACUUGUACAGCUUGUAGACAUUGACACAGGAUUUAUAAAAAAUCUUCGUAAUGUGUUGGAAGUUUAUGUAGCAAAGCCUACAAAUAUCGCAAAAAGAGAAAAACGAGAUAGUGGCAUAGUUACCAAUACAGAAUUACCAGCUAAAGAAUAA